UCGAAUGCAUUGCAAACUACGUUGCUUGAACUUGCUUGAACUACGUUGCUUGAACUUGGCCAAAAGGCGAUGCGAUCGCUCUGUUGGCGGACUUAUACUGCAUAAGAACGGACUGUGUAAAAGAUCAUACAGUUCCACUGCAAUUGUUGUGGAUACACAAUCCGGUUUAGAUUAUGAGAUACCUCAAAUAACAGUUGCUGUGUGUCUUCUAAGACUACCAGUGAUAUCCCGAAAAAAAACUGAUCUAGAAAAACUGUAUGAAGACCUGCAGGAACAAUUAGAAUUUGAACACAGUUCCCUGUCAGAUUAUGAAGUGAAUAUAAAUAACAUGGAAAAUUUAAGGGAAAGAUUAAAAAAUGAUGAAGAUAAUGAGUCUUUAAAAAAAGAAGUUGCCACAUUAGAUGCAGAAUACCAGGAACUACAAGAGAUAGAGCAAAAGCAUAUAAAAGAUGCUUUUUUAGGGAGUAGGAGAACAGAUGCAGACAAAACUGACAAUAAUCAUUCCCCAAACAGACAACUGGAAGUACCAUUGUUUCUUUUAAUCAAAAGCAAAAAUGAUAGAUUUCAGUUGCCACAAGGUACAGUGAAGCCUGGGGAGACAUUGAGACAGGCAGCAGAAAGAAUAAUAAACAAUCAUAUUCCCAGUGAAUUAAAUGUACAAUUUAUGAGUAACGCCCCUUCAGGAGUGUACAGACGAGCUGAGAGAGAUGGCUUACCAACAAAUACUCCAAAGGUAUUCUUCUAUCAAGGCAACCUUCAGGGAACGAUUCAUAAAUACUCUGAUGAUGAUAUUUGGACAAACUCAAUCUGGACUUCAAAAGAGGAACUUACAAAAUACUUACCUAAAAACUAUUAUCAAUCUGUUAUGAAAUUUCUGUUAUAGC